AUGGCUCGUGUUUACAUCUCCUCCUUGCUAUUGACUCUCAUGUUUCACAUAGUUAUAGUAGCAGGGCAAGGCCCGCUUCAAGAUUUCUGUGUCGCAGAUACAAAAAGCCAAGUUAUGGUAAAUGGAUUCGCAUGCAAAAACCCAAGUUCUGUUGAAGCCAGUGACUUCUUCUUUAGUGGGCUACACAUGAAGGGGAACACAUCUAAUCCAGUUGGGUCCAAGGUGACCCUUGUGACCGUAAAAGAGUUACCAGGGCUCAACACCCUUGGAAUCGCAAUGGCUCGUGUGGACUACGAACCAUGGGGUCUCAACCCACCUCAUUUUCAUCCUCGUGCCACUGAGCUUUUGACCCUCUUGGAAGGCACUCUAGAGGUCGGAUUUGUCACAUCAAACCCUGAAAACCGUUUUAUCACUAAAGUAUUGCACAAAGGUGAUGUGUUUGUUUUCCCAAUGAAACUCAUACAUUUCCAACGGAACAUUGGAAACACAAAAGCACUAGCGAUUUCAGCAUUAAGUAGCCAAAAUCCUGGCAUUGUCACAAUUGCAAAUGCGGUUCUUGGUUCAAAACCUGAUAUAUCAAUUGACAUUCUUGCAAAGGCCUUCCAAACUAGUGAGGAAGUUAUCAACAAUAUGCAGUUAAAAUUUUAGAUCUUAUUGGAUCAUUAAGCUACCAAAACGCAUUUUGAAAAUUAGAAAUGUACUGGAUAGUACUCGUAUAAGCUAAGCUUUUGUUGAGUUUUUAUUAUGUAUUUACUGUUUUGUACAUUUAAUUGUCAUUGAGCCCAC